UCACUUUUGGGUGCCUCCUCUAUUUUGAAUCAACAAAACUAAUCUGUCUCGAGAAUGAGCGAAAGUGAGUCGAAGAUGCACGCCCUUUGGUCCUUCAUGGGCCGGCGACGGGUUCGCCAGGGCCGUUUCAUGUUGUUGGCAGCUUGCUCCGUGGCUGUGUUUAUCCUGGUGAUAUCUCAGGGCUUGUUUCGGGAGCGGCCCUUGCCUGAUAACCAAGAUUGCUUUCGUAAUUUCCGCAUCAAUGAAACCAACGUCCAGGGGUCGUACGCGAAGUGGCUGGCCGUCUUCGGAGGGCUUUUCCUACCCCAGAGCUCCAUUCAGCAGGAUGUCUUUGACAACUGGUACAGAUAUCCCAAAUCAUUAUCCAAUAAAAUGAACCGUAUUGAUGUCCGAGGUGACGAAGGUUGGCUCUUGGACGCUAUUAGGGACAAUUUCCUCAUGAGUCCCUCGACUGCUGAUGUGCCCUACUGCUUGGAGAAUCCGAACCUGCAUGACCCCUCGAUGGGCCAGUCACAGAAAAUAAUGCGCUUGCUUAAUAACCAAACCAAUGGAUUUUUCGUCGAGUGUGGCGCCUUGGACGGGGAGACUCGUUCCAACACCCUGUACUUCGAGAGGUUCCUCGGAUGGAAGGGUUUGCUGAUCGAGGCCGACCCUUUGAAUUUCAUGAAGGCUUUGCCCAGAAGACGCAAAGCUUGGCUCUCACCCACCUGCCUCAGUCUUGCACCUCAUCCCACCAAAGUUUCCUUCAAACAAAAGGAGAACCAGGGCAGCAUCAGCAAAGACCCUGCUGGAGUGAAUAAAGAGGGACAAGUGGACGUCCAGUGUCUGCCUUUGUACACUCUUCUUUUGGCCCUCAACCGAACCUCAAUAGACUAUUUCAGUCUGGACGUUGAAGGCAGUGAGCUGGCUGUGCUUAAGACGAUUCCUUUUGAUAAAGUCGACAUUAAAACUCUCUCCGUAGAAUUCAUCCACGUGGGUGGUGGCAAAGGAAAGGAAGAUCUCCGCCACUUUAUGGAGGCCAAAGGUUAUGUCGUUGAUAGUGAAGUCACCCACCCCAAUUGGCUCGCCAACGAUUUCAUUUUCGUCCGAAAAGACUUGCUUUCUUCAAAUUGAAACUCGCUAGUUGCUGCUCAUUAUAAAACUAAUAUUUACCAAACCUUAUAUAGUAUUAAGAACUUAUUGUUAGUUCAAGCACAAUUUCGUGUCACGGACAAUGCCAAGUUUAAGCACAGAAAGUCCAGAUGCGCUUGUUACAGUCCUCUUAAAAGAGCAAACCCUAGUCACUGAGUGACUGUUGAUGGAAAAGGAGCUGUGUAAUUUGGAUUUAAUAUGAAUUAAAAUGUUGCAAACUUUUGAUCGCA